AUCCAGUUGCAGUGAAGGCUCUGCUGGAAACGCUGCUCCAUACACCACCAGCCCAUCCCCCAACUUCCUUGAGCGGCUAAGGCCCGCCCCGCCCAGUCCCGCCCAGUCCCGUCCAGUCCAGUCCAGUCCAGUCCCGCCGGAGGUUGUCACGGGAACGGAGCGCGAGGCGAGCGGAGCGGGCCCGGUUCCGGUGACAAUGAGGAGCCAUCACUGUCCGCGAGCCUGUUACUGGCUCCUUCUCUGCCUUUGGCAGUGGGGGGUGGCGGCCAUUGCGGCCACAGAUUCGAUUGUGGUGAAGCUGCCUGGUGGCACUUUUCACAUGGGUACUGAUGAAGCCGAUGCUAGAGAUGGCGAAGCUCCAAUCAGAAGAGUGACUGUAAAACCGUUUGCUUUAAACCAGUAUCCAGUUACCAAUGUGGAAUUUAGAGAGUUUAUCAGAUCACAGAAAUAUAAAACAGAAGCAGAAUCAUUUGGUUGGAGUUUUGUAUUUGAAGACUUUGUACCAGAAGAAUUGAAAAACAAAGUGACACAAAGAAUUGAGUCUGCUCCUUGGUGGCUACCAAUUGAAAGAGCAUUUUGGCGACAGCCAGCAGGCCCUGGCUCUGGAAUUAAAGAAAAACUACAGUACCCAGUGGUACAGGUGAGCUGGUCUGAUGCUCGGGCGUUCUGUGCAUGGAAGGGGAUGCGAUUGCCGACUGAAGAGGAGUGGGAGUUUGCUGCUCGAGGGGGGUUGGAAGGUAGACUAUACCCAUGGGGAAACAAAUUUCAACCAAAUCGCACAAAUCUCUGGCAGGGAAAAUUUCCAGAUGAAGACACAGUAGAAGAUGGAUAUCAUGGUGUAUCUCCUGUAAAUGCAUUUCCACCGCAAAAUAACUAUGGCCUCUAUGACAUGCUAGGAAAUGUAUGGGAAUGGACGGACUCGGAAUAUUCUCCACGAGGUCUUCCUUCAAAGGCUAGCGCUCAGAAGAUGCAUGUCCUGCGUGGCUCCUCCUGGAUUGACAGUGCAGAUGGAUCAUUCAAUCACAAAGCACGGGUUACCAGCAGGUAGAACUCUGCAUCUUGC